GAAUGUUGGCCUCAGUCCUGGGAUGGUUGCCAACAACAGAACGUGGCCCUCGGACCUGCCAGUGCAGCCCUAUGACAUAACCAGGUGGCCCUUGGAAAUGACCACGUGCCAGUGAGGGAAUUUUGCCCUCAGCCAUGGCCAGGUGCCGCCCAUGGAGCCUUCUUUUUUCCCUGAACCCUCCAGAUCAAAUUGACAGAGGUUCCAAUGACAGCUGGGGCGUGCCAGAUGUAUUUCACGAUCCCCAGGUCUUGAAAGAUUUUUUGCCUGGAUCCAGAAAGGUCCGGGAGCCCUCCCCGCGCUCGGAGCUGGCCGGGCCGGCGGUGCCGGUGCCGGUGCCGGUGCCGGCGGCAGCGGGCCCGGGCUGCCCGCGGGGCGGCGGGGCGGCGGCGGGCCGGGCCCGGGACCUGCUGCAGCACUGCCUGUGGGCCGCGGGCAUCACCGAGCAGCUGCUGGAGGCCGAGGCCAGGCGGGACCUCCAGCCCUCCGUGCCUUGCCGCAGUGCCCCGCACAUUGCCCCGCCGGGCCCGGGCCAGCAGCCGCUCCCGCAGCCCUUGGUGCAGCCCCUCGGGCCCUUCUCCGGCCUGCAGCUGGGCCUGGGGCCCGCUGAGCUCGGGGGACAGCAGGGGACGGCCACCGCCCUGCCAGCGCCGCAGGUCGUGCUCCUGCAGCAGGUGCCACAGAGGAUCAUCCUGCAGGUUAAGCAGCCAGGCCCCACCACACUUGCCCUGCUCCCCAGCCCAGCCUGCUGUGUCCUGGGGAGUGGCCAGGGGCUGGGGCCACCAGCCCACAAACCCACCGGCCACCCCUAUCCUGCCAUGCCAUCACCCUGUGGCCACCAGCACCCUGGAGCAGCAGCAGCCCAGCACAGCAGCAUCCCCACAGCCAAGGCUGUGGGAAUUGAGUGGUGGCAUGGGGAAAGCUUCUGGGGCCUGGAGCCAGAAUGGGGGAACCUGGACUCUUUUGUUUCUUAUUUUUAAUAAAACUCGUGAUGGAAAGUG